AGUGGCUAGGACAUGUCAUCGCUGCGAAUAUGGACACCAGACUGCGGAAAUUCACGGUAAACAUGGCGGAUUCUUCAAACUUGUCAAAAUGCGACGAUGGGCUUCAACAGGAGGAGAUUACUCCGAAAUUGAGACGUGCUGUGACAAAGAAGAGGCAUUACAUUCGGCCGGUCGGGGAGGUCAAAUGCAACAUCUACUCCCAUGCUGCCGAGAGCUUGAAACUCCCAGAAAUCAACGAGAACAUCGCUGAUUCAGAUGACGUGGACGAUGAGGAAUUACACAUACAGCCAAUCAACAAGAAGAAAAGACACGUCAAAAAGAGAAGCGCCCGGAACAAAAAACCAAGCAGGCCUAUCUACCUGGACUCUGACGAUGAGGAAAGCUUGAAUUAUCCUGGGACCCCAAAGACGAGUACCCAUAUCGGGUCGGUUGAUUCCCCCUGCUCCCCUCCACCGCCCUUUGACCCGGCUAGCGUGGCCCAGAGGCUGCCCGUUCCUGAUCGGGAAACCUCCAUGGUCCUCAGGAGCAUCAACGUAGCCUUAACCAACGUGCGCUGCAUCCAGAGCGAGGUCUCUUCCCAGUCUGAUGAUGCCUUCUCCCCUGCCUCUAGGACCCCCGGUGGAUCCAUCGCCAUCAUUGACGUGGACUCCUCGCCGCCAACUCGCCGUGUCCGUAACUCUAUCACUGUCAAAGUCCGGUCCCGGAACGGGAUCCAAAGGUUCCCGCUACAGAUGUCAGAUGCCUUCAGUAAAGUCUUUGAUGAGAUAGCCAGCAGGGAAGGAGUCAGGAGAGCUUGUGUCCGGCUGACCCGACACGGACAGGAUGUCAGUGAGUUUGACACGCCACGCUCCAUGGACUUGCACAUCGCUGACAUCAUCGACUGUCUGAUUGUCGAGCCGGAAAGUGUGGUCACAGCUCCAGAACAAAUUGUGGAAGUGACUAUUCAAGGAAUGGAGAAGAAAUCCACAAGGACCACCACAAUACGCAGGAAUGACAGCUUGCAGACGCUAAUGGAGGAGUAUAGCACAUUCUGUGGCCAACCCCUGCAUAGAAUCAAAUUCACCUUUGACGGUGAUGUCAUCAGGCCAAUGGACACACCCACAUCGCUGGAUUUCGAGGAGGAUACAAACACAAUCGAUGCCAUAUUCAUGUAGCCUAUGAGGUGGGUUAGGGCGGGGCAGGCCAACGUGGGCGGGGCAGAGCAUAUUCACCAAAAUUGGUUUGACAUGUUCUGGUAAUUAUAUCAAUUCAGUCACUAGCAAAGUUAAUUGAUAAAGAAAGUUUGGAAUGACGAGAUAGGGGGGGACAAAAUGGGCGGGUCAUAUUCAACCAAACUGAAUUGACAUGCAGCGGAUUUAAAUCUUUCAUUCAUUAGGAUAUUUAAUUAGAAUGCAAAGUUUGAUAGGGUGAGGUAGGGCAGGUUAAAGUGGGCGGGGCAUUUUUAUCCAAAUUGAUUUGACAUGCUCAGGUAAUUAUUUCUAUCAAGUUAUUAGCAUAUUUAAUCAAAAAUAGAAAAUGUUUAGUAAGGGUGGAGCAAAGCAGGCAGUGCAGCAUGCAUUCACUUAUGCAGCAUGCAUGCUAUUCAUUAGCAUAUUUGCAUAAUUAAAAUAGACAGUUUUAUUAGGUAGGGCAAAAAGGGCGGGCCUCGACUUCAUCACAUAAUGCAUUGUAGAUCUGGCAGUCUCAGGUAAAAUGAUCUAUGCAUUCAUUAGUAUGUUUAAUUAGAGUACAUGUAGUAAGUUUGAUACUUUGAAAAAGUCAGGGAGGAAAUAUAAUAAAAACAUAUGAAACGCUAUGCAUCAUUUUAAGUUGUAAAUAGAAGGUAAGUUGGAAUGUAUCUACCGGCAUUCAUAUUGUGAGUUUCUUGAGUUUUGUUAAAUUCAUGAUUAUUAGCAUCAGGUCAUAGGGGAAAGUCA